CAUAUGUUCUAAUAAUUUGAACUAACUGAUGUACUAAUUUGAUAUCUUUUUCUCUUGUUUGGCAGUUUUCGCCAUGCACAUGCUGCGACCUCUACGAAAGUCGACACCAAACAGGCCACAAAAGCAGUGAGAGAUCAGGCUGUUAAAAGAUCCGGUGAUAGUGGAAGUGUCAAAGGCAAUCUACCAAAGAAGUCAAGAACAAAUGCUGAAAUGCUUGGAGAUUCUCCAAUACAGAUACUAAAGGUAAUUUCAAGAACCGGAGGUGCUGUUUCCAAAAACGGGAAGGCUAGUCGGAAAAACGGAAACUCCCGCCCGAAAAGGCCGGAGAUAGAUAAGGGAAGAUCGACCGCACUUGCUAAUAAUAUUUCACCCAAGGCUCAAACAACCUUCGCAAGCAGUAAAAGCUCUUCCCUCAAGGCGACAAAAACCGAUGAAGGACCACAAAAUUUUUUGUCCAACAACGAUAGAACUAGUGCGGAAAUUGCAAUCGUCUCGCCAAAAAAGGCGCCCAAAAAUAGUACAAAACCUAAUAGCGCCUCACCUAAAAUGGCGAAGGCGGGCUUAAAACGAGAACAAACAGUCGGUAAAACUCCGCCCAAAAAAUCGAUAGCGAAUCCGGCAAAUCCGUUAAUAAAACAGUCGAAAAGAGAUAUCAAAAAUAGGUCGCCGAAAAAAAGUCAGCUGCCUCAAGACAACGAUGGACGGCAACCAAGUGCGUCAUAUACAAGUAUUUUGGACAUUGAUUUAAGUAACUUGGAAUGUUCGAUCGAUGAAACGGAGGCUGGCAUUUCGUCUGAAGCUCGAAAUCUGAUGGUAAAGUCAAAACCGGUUCCUAAAAAUAGACAUACAUCACAGUCAGCAUUCGUAAGCUUUCCUCGGAUCAGUAUAGCCUCACUCUUCCGGCGGUCGUUUAGUCGACUGGAAGAGAAGCACUCGUGGAGUGAGCAGAAACGUCCUUCCAUCUUGGAUGAGAAAAGUUGCAGAUCGUGCUUUGUUCAACUCGAGAGGAUUAAGUAUGAAAGGGUGCUGCCUCUGGUGAUACCCGAGUAUCCGGUGAAUUUCACUUAUUUACUCAACUCGUGGGAUAUCGAAGUUGUGGCAAAGAUCGGCGAGGGCUCGUUUUCAGAGGUAUUUCAAGUACGGAAGAUUGAGCCAUCAGGUGAUGAAAACACUCAAACCGAGUACGUUAUUAAGGUCGUGCCAGUAGGAAAUCACGGGCAACCGAAAUUCGAUGAUUUAUUGCCAGAAAUGCAUAUGAGUCUCGCCGGAAGGGAUCUCCAGGAAAGCGACGUAAAUCGGGCUCCAACGUUCAUAGGUCUUCAGGGAAUGCACCUUGUAUACGGAGAAUUCACCGACGAAAUGGCCUCCGCUUGCCAGAUCUUUGCAACUAAUUUUCCUGAUGACGCGGAACACCCACUACCGAGUGAACGUCCUGUAGACCAAUAUUUCAUCGUGUUUUUCACCUCGUACGAUGGCGUGGAACUCGAAACGAUUUUGCCUAAGUUGACAACCGAGCAGAAAUGCUCGAUCGUUUUGCAGAUCACGCUAGGUUUGGCUGCCGCCGAAGCUGCAUUCGAUUUCGAGCACCGCGAUCUUCAUUUGAGCAAUCUCGUCGUUAGCGAUUAUGAAAUCAAUAAUAAUGAUACCUCUAAUGAUGACGAUGGCGGCUGUGCCUCAAUUGCCACCACUGUUAGCAGCGACAACAAUGAUCACAGUUCCAUGAUCGAAUUUCGCGUUGAGGGUAAGUCCUACUGGGUGAAUUCGUUUGGAAAAAAGAUUGCCCUUAUUGAUUACGGAAUGAGCCGGCUCGUCGUCGACGAAACCCUAUACACAUCAUUUAGUUCAUCAAUACUCGAGGGUCACAAUUUGCAGCGGAAGACAUAUCGUGAGCAGCAUAAACUGGUUGGAGGCAUCGGUAACUACCGCACUGCGAUGCCCGAAACGAACGGUCUAUGGAUCAAAUUUCUUAUCUGUAAGCUGUUCCCCAAGCGACCGCUGAAUCCGAACAAGGCGCAGUACGCCAUUCAGGUCAACCAGCUAUACGAGGCUCUCAUGUUGAAACCGGUAUGCGCCCGAAACUGCCUUUCUCUUUUGGCAUUCAAUGGCAAUGGUGGUCUGCCGACGUAGGAUAUGUUAAUUCAAAAAGCAUAAUGUCAGCGGUGCUAUGUGAUGGAAAGUGCUGCUGUACAAUAGAAAUGGAAGGAGUUGCCAACAUUGAACAUCACGCAUUAGCUUAACGGGUGAACGCAUUGCGAAGAGUGGCAGGUGGGGUGGUUAAAUCUAAAGCAUAUCGUGUUUAAAAAUGAAAUCUGGAAUAAUGCGAAUACAAUGACAAUGUACAAACGACACGUUAGCAUACAUCUAGCGUCCUGAGAAAAUCAGCAGGUAUUGUUACCAUUUACAUACUAAAUGAUAGAGGUAUUAAUAGAACGACAAUUAUCGCUUACGUGACAAUCUCUAGAUGAAUCAUCUUUAAACGAUGGAAUAUAUUCCCAUGCCGGCCACACCCGUAUGUAAACAUACCAUUCUAGCAUAGUAGUUCAAGGUUAUUCAACCCUGACAAAAAUAAGCAAAGCCCUAAAAACAUGUCUCUGUCCAAGACGUGUGCAAGCUGUCUCACUCUUUUACCCGAAAUGUGCUUGUCAAGCCAUUAGACAGAUUUCAUGUGCGCCCAUUUCAUCCGCUCAUCAACUGUGCUUGUUCGUGUCUCUUACCACAAACAAAGAGCAGCGUUUUGUCUUUGAAUAUCGAAUGCAGACCUGUUUA